CGAGUUUGCUCAUUAUUGAACUCAAAUCACCCCCAGAAGCUUCGAAUAAAUAUGUUUCGGUAUCUUCUCCAUUGGUAUAUAUGAGUACUAUCAACAGGCAGAAAGUUAAGUUUAAUUAUACAGUAUAGUCAACGAUCGACGAACUCACGAGGAAAACGCAUCAAUAUAUCACCUUUGAAUUUUAAAUGGAAUUUGAAAUCAGCAUGAACUUUUGGCAGGCUUUUAAAAAACAUGUAAGUUAAAAAUCUUACCAGAAUGCAUUCAUUGAAUUGGCGCCAAUAUUCGCGAUAGCCUAGUGAAAGUAUUAUGGCACUAUAAUGAAUGGGGGAGAGAGGAUAUUCGCUUCAGUGAACAAUAUUCACCUAUAAAAGCUGAAGGACUCGUCAAUCAGUUAUUAGUUCCAAUUUGUUUUGUGACUUGAGCGAGAUGUUUGAUAUGUUUCCGGUUAUUGCUGCUUCCUGCUGCCGUUUGGUCCCCCUACCUACGGAAAUAUGGGUCAUAAUAUUUCGGAUGUUGGACCCAUGUUCAUUAGUUGCUGCCACCAGAGCCAAUUCGCAAUGGAUGAAUAUUUGCUUCGGGGAUUCUGUUCUGAGACGAAAAAUUCGAGAAGGAAUGGAGCUUGAGAGAAAACACAAUCUGGAGGUUAUCCUAGAUCCAUGGACUACUGUCCAAACUUCUCGAUUGGGGAGUACCGAGAGGAUGUUUUUCCGCAAUAUGAGAAAAAUACUAGUCCGAAAGAGGUCACGAAUCCAGAUUGAGCCAAUUCCAGCCAAGAAGAGGAAGAUGUUGGUACAACUGACUCCAGGCGAUCAGGAGAUGAAAACGAAGAAAGUGAAAUAUCGAUUAUGAAUGACUGUGAAAGUUGAAACAAUU